AUGCAGGUACUAUUAACCGCCUUCGUAGCGGUAUGUGGGACAGGAAGGAUAGAUGCAAGCUUCCUGCCACCAAUAUCAGCCAGAUUCGGUGGAAGUAGUUCUGGCGGCUUACAAGCUUCCCUCGAUGGAUCCGCCCAUGGCGCUGCUGGGCUACCCACUGGUAGCUUCACAAAUGACGUCCAAGGAGUAGUGGUAGAUGCAGCAAAUCCUGGAACCAGAACUUCAGGUGCUGAACCUUCUGGUUUAGGAGGGCCAAGAGCCUCAUAUGGUUCAACAAACUCUAAAGUAGGAGAGGCUGCAUUCACAGGAUCUGUUGCAGGACCUCUUACAAGAAUAGCGCCUGGGUUUGGUUCCAUUAUAGGGUUAGAUGAUUCUGAGAAAAUAAGUGGCAAUGCACUGAAGAUUGCCAGUAAUGUUGCAUCGGAUAACUACAGUUAUGGAUUUGAGACUGAUAAUGGAAUAUCUGUUGCCGAAAACGGUGUUACUAAGGAUGGUGACAAAGCUGCGGGCCAUGUCGAAAAUGGCUCAUACGACUCUAAGAAACACGAGGAAGGUGGUUCAACCGAUGGAAUCGCAAGUGGAGGUGCAACGUCUAGUGGAGUUUUCGCCAGUCAGGGUAAUCAAGCGCAAAGACCUACCUCUGGUAUACUUGUUGGAACUUAUAAUGCUGCUUCCAAUGUAGGACACUCUUCUCACGACGGCAGUAAAGGUCAUAAUGGAGCUCAAAGUUUAGGAAUUUCGGGAAGUAGCCUGUCUUUCGGAAGCCACUCCAGUAAUUCUGGUUCUGUCCAGAAUGAACAAGGAUUAGUUAGUUCUCAAGGUGCCCAAGUAGUUUCAUCUCAAUCGACUGAAAAUAGAUUUGGUGAAGAUUCAAAGAAGUCUGAGGGUUCUUAUUCUCACACGAGUUUUGGAAGUGGGUCUUUAAUCAAAACACCUAGCUUCCAUGGAUUAUCUGACUCAUCAAGUGGAAACUCUGCUUUUAGUUCAGCUGUUGUGAGUGGAUCUGGUAGCGCCAGUGCUUUUGCUUCCACUGGUUCUUCGGGUUUUGGACUGAAGAAUGAAAACGUUCCAUCAGCGAACUUUGGGUUAGCUAGCCAGCAUGCACAUGGUUCAAAAUCUGAUUCAACAAUAGGUGCAUCGUUAUCUGCUCCUGCUACUGCCUCAGCAUCAGCAUCGGUUUCAGGUAGUCAAAAAGAACAACAAAGUUCCUCUCAAAAUGUAGAUUCCUCAGUACAUUCAGUUCAUGAAUCAGGUGCAAUUUCUCACAAACCAAGUUCCCCGAUACCAAUCUCCACUAUCGACCUAGAAGUAAACCAGCCUUCUAGCGCUUCUGCAUCUGCUUCUGUUUCUGGAAGUCAGUUUAGUUCAACUCAAUCAAACGGAGAGAAAUCUAAAUCUGAUUCAUUUUUAAAUAGAUUUGGAGAAGGCCAACAGUCUGGUAUUGGAUCGUCUGAUAAACUCAGCCAAAGUUCGAAACCAGAUAGUUUGGUUUCAUCUUCUGCGAAACCAUUAAAUCAGCUAUCUGGAUCUUCUAGCUUUGGAAUUUCUUCUCAACAAUCUGCAAUCCAAUCAGAAACCAGUGGCAAAAUUCCAUCUUCAUCAAGUGAGGCGUUUGUUUCUGGUGUUCAGCCAACCCAACCAACUUUAGGUUUCCUAAGUAGCCAAGGUCCGACAAAAGUACCAGACACUGAAUUGUCCACACCAUUUGAAUCAAGUGGUCAUAUUGAUGUCCACUAUCAGUCAUCAAACCAGGUGUCACCAACUCCCGCUGUAUCCACUCAAGCUGGACCUAUUGAUCCCACAAUUACACAAGAACAAGGAGCUGACUACUCAUACUUCUACAGGCAACCUUCUAAACCUUUUAUUACUCCACCUAAAAGUACUAGCUUUGGUACGGCAAUUCCUGUGAGCGUAUUAACUGACAGCCACAGUUCCUCCUCUUACAGUGGUAUUACUCAAGCAGCUGCGUCUCCUUUCACUUCUGGUUCCACUUCCACAUCUACACGAUUUGGUACUCAAUCUAGUCAAGUUGAUUCCAAUCCUUCAGUUGAAUCUUCAGUAUCUAGUCAGCAAAGUUCUAUUGGAUUUGGAUUAACUGGGUCUAGCAUUGGUCAGAAACCAACUAUUCAAAGUCAGUCACAAUUCAGUCAAUCAUCUGUCAGUCAAACUUCUGAUAGCGUGCUGUCACCAACACAACAAUAUCAAGGUACAAUUUACCAGUACAAUAAGCCUGCUGUACCUUUAUCUGCACAAGAUAACAAAAUUUCUUCCAACGUUGGUCAGUCAACUUUGUCUGAAACCAAACCAAGCCAAAUAUCAACUGAUUCCAAAUUUGGUUCUCAGCAAAUCUCAUAUCAAUCGGGCAGUCAGUCUUCAUCUGGACAAAAACCAACCGGUAUUACUCAAUCGGUAACGUACACCCAACAAACAGUACCAAGUAUUAUUCAAACUUCGUUUGUCCAGAAACCAGUUGUUAGUUCACAAGUAAGCUCGGUUGGUUUGAAGCCACAAACAAGUCAGGGUUCUAGUUUUACAUCUAACACUUACUCUGUAUUUGGAACGAAACCAAGCAACUCUCCAGUUGGUUCAGUUCAAACGCAAUUUGGAUCAGCUGAGUCUCGAUUCGGGCAAAGUUCUCAGUCUAACGUAGGUAGUAACGUGGGUGUUAGCUCCUCAACCGCUAAACCCUUUAGUUCUACAUAUCAACAAGUUCAGUUUGGAUCAUCUGGCUCUCAAUUUGGUAUAAAACCACAAACAAGUCAGGGUUCCAGUUUUACUUAUUCCCAAAGCCAGGUGUCUAAUAAGAAACCUUCUUAUACUUUUAGUUCGCAGUUUGGUCAAAGUUCUAAGAAAAACCAGGGUUCCAGUUUAUUAUCAACAUCUAAUGUAAAACCUACUUAUCAACAAACUCAAUUUGGAUCUAGUGGAUCACUGUCCACUCUUGGACAAACAACCCAGUUUGGCAGUAAGCCCAUUAGCACUCAAUAUGGCUCAACCGUCUCCCAAUUUGGACAAAACACUCAAUCACUGCAAGGUUCUGGUUUGGUUUCCACAACUGCAAAGCCUUUAACCCAAAAACCCUUCGGUACUCAAUUUGGUACCAAGCCACAGACCACUCAAGGUUCAAGUUUUACUUCAAAUACGUACACUCAAAGUCAAUCGUCUCAGUUUGGAAAGAAACCCAGUACCAUAGUGCAGACAACUUUCCAGCAAUCUCAGGUUGGACAAAAUAAGGAUUCCGUGAUUUCUUCAACUACCGUUAAACCUUCAUUCAGCCAGAAACCUUUUGGAUCUUCAAACCAACAAACUCAAUUUGGAUUAACUGGUUCUCAGUUCACUCAGAGUCAGUCCAACAAAGGAAAUGUGGUUUCUACGACCUCUAAACCGGUAUAUAGCCAGACUUCUUUCGGUUUAUCAUCCCAACAGGGCCAAUCUGGAUCUGGUUUCCAAUUCGGACAGAAUUCCAAUGGCAAUAAGGGUUCAAACAUUGUUUCUUCUACAUCCAAGCCAAUAUUCAGCCAGACCUCUUUUGGUGUUACAUCUCAACAAUUUGGAUCAAGUGGUUCUCAAUUUGGGCUCGGCUCCCAAUCAAACAAAGGCUCAAGUGUAGUUUCUUCUUCAUACAAACCAACAAUUAGCCAGACAUCUUUCGGGUCAACUUCCCAACAGUUUGGUUCUCAAUUUGGUAGCGGUUCACAAGCAAACAAAGGCUCAAGUGUGGUUUCGUCUACGUACAAGCCGACCUUUAGCCAAACAUCUUUCGGUUCAUCUUCCCAACAGAGCCAAUCUGGAUCCACUGGCUUCCAGUUUGGGCAAAAUUCCCAAAACAACAAAGGUUCAAGCGUUGUUUCAACUACAGCUAAACCAGUGUUUAGUCAAACAUCUUUCGGCUCCACAUCCCAGCAGUUUGGAUUAAGUGGUUCUCAAUUUGGUAGCGGUUCACAAGCAAACAAAGGCUCCAGUGUAGUUUCUUCUGCGUACAAGCCGACCUUCAGUCAGACAUCUUUCGGUUCAUCUUCCCAACAGAGCCAAUCUGGAUCCACUGGCUUCCAGUUUGGGCAAAAUUCCCAAAACAACAAAGGUUCAAGCGUUGUUUCAACUACAGCUAAACCAGUGUUUAGCCAGACAUCUUUCGGUGUCACAUCUCAACAGUUUGGAUCGAGUGGUUCCCUACUGAACAAGGGUGUCGUGUCAUCUACAUCUAAACCGAUAGUUAGUCAAACUUCUUUCGGCUCUGGUUCACAACAGUUUGUAUCAAGUGGUUCUCAAUUUGGCAUUGGUUCCCAACAGAACAAAGGCUCAAGUGUAGUUUCAACAACAUCUAAGCCAGUAUUCAGCCAGACAUCCUUAGGUGUCACAUCUCAACAGUUUGGAUCCAGUGGUUCUCAAUUCGGUGUCGGCUCACAAUCAAACAAAGGCUCAAGUGUGGUUUCAUCUUCAUACAAACCAACCUUUAGCCAGACAUCCUUCGGUUUUGGAUCUCAACAAUCUGGAUCAAGUGGUUCUCAAUUAAACAAAGGUGUCGUAUCAUCUACCUCUAAACCGGUAGUCGGUCAGACAUCUUAUGGUUCCACUUCGCAGCAAACGCAGUUUGGAUCCAGCAGUUCUCAAUUCGGAAUCGGCUCACAAUCAAACAAAGGGUCAAGUGUAGUUUCUUCUUCGUAUAAACCAAGCUACAGUCAGACCUCCUUCGGUUCCGGAUCUCAACAAUCUGGAUUAAGUGGUUCUCAGUUUGGAGUUGGUACUCAGCUAAACCAAGGCGUCGUAUCGACUACCGCUAAGCCAAUAGUUGCUCAAACCUCUUUCGGUUCCCAACAAUUUGGAGCAAGUGGUUCUCAAUUCGGUUCUCAAAUAAACAAAGGAUCAAAUGUGGUUUCUUCUUCACAACAAACACAGUUUGGAUCCAGUGGUUCUCAAUUUGGAGUAGGCUCUCAACUGAACAAAGGUUCAAAUGUGGUAUCUUCUUACAAACCGACAUUUAGCCAGACAUCUUUCGGUUCCACAUCUCAACAGUUUGGAUCAUCUGGUUCACAGCUAAGCAACGGUGUCGUGUCGACGACUUCUAAACCAAUAGUUGCUCAAACAUCUUUCGGGGCCAGUACCCAACAAUUUGGUUCAAGUGGUUCUCAAUUUGAUAUCGGUUCUCAACAGAAUAAAGGUUCAAAUGUGGUUUCGUCUACGUACAAACCGACAUUUAGCCAGACAUCCUUCGCUUUUGGAUCUCAACAAUCUGGAUCAAGUGGUUCUCAAUUAAACAAAGGUGUUGUAUCAACCACUUCUAAACCGAUAAAUUCUCACACUUCUUUCGGCUCUAAUUCCCAACAAUCGCAGUUUGGAUCCAGCGGUUCUCAAUUCGGUCUUAAUUCUCAGUUGAACAAGGGCUCUAGUGUGGUUUCGUCAACGUACAAACCAAUAAUUAGUCAGACAUCUUUCGGUUCCACAUCCCAACAGUUUGGAUCAGCUGGUUCUCAACUAAACAACGGCAUCGUAUCGACCACCUCCAAACCGAUAGUCAGCCAGACAUCUUUCGGUUCCGGAUCACAACAAACACAGUUUGGAUCAAGUGGCUCUCAAUUCGGUCUUAACUCUCAAUUAAACAAAGGUUCCAGUGUGAUUUCAUCGACGUACAAACCAAUAAUUAGCCAGACGUCUUUCGGUUCCACAUCCCAACAGUUUGGAUCAGCUGGUUCUCAACUAAACAACGGUAUCGUAUCUACCACCUCCAAACCGAUAGUCAGCCAGACAUCUUUCGGUUCCGGAUCACAACAAACACAGUUUGGAUCAAGUGGCUCUCAAUUCGGUCUUAACUCUCAAUUAAACAAAGGUUCCAGUGUGGUUUCAUCGACGUACAAACCAAUAAUUAGCCAGACGUCUUUCGGUUCCACAUCCCAACAGUUUGGAUCAGCUGGUUCUCAACUAAACAACGGCAUUGUAUCGACCACCGCCAAACCAAUUGGCAGUCAGACAUCUUUUGGUUCCGGAUAUCAACAAUUUGGAUCAAGUGGCUCUCAAUUCGGAGUAGGGUCUCAAUUAAAUAAAGAUUCUAAUGUGGUCUCCAUAACAUCGAAACCAAUAAUUACUCAGACAUCUUUCGGUUCUACAUCUCAACAGUUUGGAUCAACUGGUUCCCAAAUCGGUUUUGGUUCUCAAUCGAACAAAGGUUCUAAUGUGGUUUCAACUAUAUCAAAACCAACGUUCGGUCAAGUAUCCUCUGGUUCCACUUCGCAAGGUAGUCAAAUCGGAUCGUCUGGUUUCCAAUUUGGUCAAAACUCACAAGUAAAUAAAGGUUCAGGUCUAGUAUCUUCAGUAUCAAAGCCAUCAUUGGUCCAAACAUCUUUUGGAUCCACUGGUACACAAUACGGUUUCGGUUCUCAACAGAAUCAAUAUUCUGGUGUUGUCUCUACUACAUCCAAACCUAUAAUUGGAUCUUCUCAACAGCAACCCUCUGGCAACACACAGACUGGUUCAUCAUUCCAACUAUCACAAAUUGAAUCAACUGAUUCUCGGUUUGGUGAGAAACCAGAAACUGUAGUUUCAACUGUAAUUUCUUCUGUACAGAAACCUUCGGUUUCAACUCAGAGUGGUUCUUUCGUCCAGUCACAAUCACAAUCUGAAUCAUCUGGAUCUCAGUUUGGUGUGAAACCACAGUCGCUUGAAGGUCAAGCUGUGCAAACAUCACAGUUUGGAUUAUCAGCCCAAAAUGUAGAAUCUAACGCUCAAGUGGGAUCUGUAAGCGGUUCACAAUAUACUCAACAAGGUAUUGUAGGUUUAAGCGCUGGCUCAGGUUCAGAAUCAGACAAAAAAUCUGAAACAUCUUCGGGGUCUGGCAUUAACUUCCAGCAAACCCAAAGUUCAGUUUCUUCUGGAUCCCAAUUUGGGCAAUCGUUACAAACAAGCCAAGGUUCUGUUUCUCAGGCCCAGCCGAUACAAACUAUCCAAUUUGGAAUAAAACCUGUUGGAAGUUCACAAUUUUCUUCGACUGAAUCUCGUUUUGGUCAGAAUUCGCAAGUUCCAGGUGUAACCACUGUUUCUCAGAUUGUACAGCCUGUACAAGAUGGUCAAAAGCCGUUCGGUACAUCAAGUGGACACUUUGGAAUUAAGCCUCAAUCUCAGUCUAGUGCAUUUGCUUCAAGUGGUAACGUAGUACCAUUCGGUAUUUCACAAGUAGGACAAGUUUCUAAAUAUCAACAAACUUCUCAAUUUGGACAGGCAGCUGUUACCACUCAGAAACCAUUUUUAAGUUCUUUUUCACAGAAUUUUGACAAGUUUGGCAAUCAGUUUGGUCAAACUGUUCAAUCUAAUGUUGGUAGUGGACAAUUUGGACAGGCACUGAAGCCUUUUGGAUCUCAGUUGACUCAAACAAUUUACCAACAGACACAAUCCGUCCAGGGUAAGAAGCCUAUUGACAGCUCUCAGAGCUCAUCAUUCCAAGUUGGUCAGGCUAUUGUAAAUCAGCCUGAUAAAACUGUACAGACUGUACAGACCGUACAGAGUGUAGCCGGUCAGUCCACUCAAGGUUCUCUUGGCAAUGCUCAGUCUGGUAUCUAUAACUAUCAGAAACCACAACCCAUUGUACCUGCCUUAUUUGGAGGUGAACAAGGUCAAAAAGUACAGGAAGCGCAAGACAAUUUUAACUCGGUUGUCUCUACAGUGCAGACUCCAAUCAGUGGCGAACCACUCAGUGCUCUCAGCGUCUCAACUCAGGAAUCGUCACAGUCUAACGUAGGAUCUUCUCAAUUUGUUGUACAACCAACUAAAUCAGCUGAAAUUAGUGGUCCAAUUGUUCAGACUACUUAUAACCUGUUGAGUGGCCAACCUUUUAAACCGGUAUCUACACAGGGUUCUAUCGACCAAAGUCAGAGCUCCGCGGUUUCCACUUCUCAGUUUGCAGUCCAGCCGACGAAGCCAGCUGCAAUUAACUAUUUUAGUGGACAGCCUUUCCAGGCAGUGUCAUCUCAAGGAUCCAGUUCUGGAAGUCAAACGAUUGUGGGAUCUGUCCCAUUGUACACAAUUACCCAAGUCCCUAGUCAAUCUCAAUUCAGCGUUGAGGGUAUAAAGCAAAGUAUUGUUAGCUCGAACCAAGUUCCCAGCUUCCCAUCUAGAUUAAGUUAUAACGUAGGUCAGUCUGGUCUUGGUGUAUCUUCCCUUCAGACUCCGAUCAUUCCAGUUCCAGGAUAUGAAAUUAAAACUGGUUCUAAUGGAUUUGUAGGGCUUGAGGAAUUCGGAGGUCCCAGAGACCCACCUAGGUUCGAUGAUAAAACUGGAUAUUAUUAUUGA